AUGAGUACUGAGCACGGCUUCCAGCCAUCCGAACCGCAGCAUGCAGUGCAGACGGCCCUGGCCGAACUUAUAGAGACUUUUGCCCACAUGGGUGUGCAAGUUCACGACUUCCAGGGGACCCCGGAUGCGCUCAAGGGGCUAGCACAUAACAUCAAUGGUGCCCUGACGAAAAUCGCACAAUUACAAGGUCAAGUGGACCCAACGGUUCUCAUUCCGGCAGACGUUGUUCAGUACGUUGUCGAUGGACGCAAUCCAGACGUGUACACGAGGGAGUUUGUAGAGGCCGUCAGGAGACUCACACAACAUCUGAGGGGGAAAAGGGCAGCUUUUCAUCAUUUCCAACAUGUCCUAAGAGAUAAAAUGGAGAGUGAGUUCCCCGAACUCAAGGUUGACCUUGACAAUCUCGUUGAGAACGGAGUUUAG